GCGAUAAGGAAUUUUUGUUAUAUAUCAAAAUUUACCUCUGGCUUCGUCACUCGCUCGUUCUACACUCGACAGUAUUUUAUCUUGACUCACGACUCGAGCAUCGCUGGACCAAACGACUAUACGGGAUCGCGGUGAUACCUUGAAAAUUGUAUCGACGUCGAUUCGAAUGUUCAGUGAAUUUUCGAUGAUUCCCUGAAACUUGUCAAAUUGGCUGGAAGGUGUCGCGAGGAUUCGGAUUCGCAUCUGAACUGCUUCUACUUGGCUGCGAAGAUCGUAACUCGGCCGAUUCUACUGACGGAAGUAAAUCUAUAGUAAUUACGAAUGUGGCAACGUCUGCUGAUAUCAUUGACUGCGGACUGAGGAGGAAGAAUAUCUUGUGAACGACUGGUGAAGUGGUAGAAAUGAUACAAAUGGCGAGGGCUUUCGAAUCGAGGGAAGAUUAAAACGGCGCGAGGGAAUGGAUUUUCAGAGCGCGAUGGAGACUUUCGCCGAGGCUUGGGUGGCUGCUAAUACAAAAACCGAACAAGUACAGAGUCAAGCUUUGGCGUUAACAUACAAGGCGUCGCCACCUCCAAGGCCCAGCAGCGUUUCCUCCCCGCCAAAGAGUCCACAGUCCCAUCAGUCCCAUCAGUCUCAAUCGCAAAACACUGCCCAACCCUCGGUCGUUCAUCCCCAUCAGUCCCAGACACCCCUAAGUGCUCCGCAGGCACCGAUCUCCGCGCACAAUCAGCAUUCCAAGCAGGAGAUCGCAUUCAGUCCCAAACAGGAGGGUUUUGACCUCAGUAAAACAGCCACCGGUACAGGUAAGAGUCUUCCGGUCCAUUGCGUGGUAGAGGCCAUCCACAGCAUCGUGGAAAAUCGUCUGAACAACAGUCGAGAAAACUGGAGACGACCUCACGUGGAAACCGAUUCCUACGUCAUCAUUCCAGCAGCCAUGCCGUUUCAGGAUCUAGUUGGCGAGGCUCUGGUUCGCCUGGGAUACCACGCGGAUCUCAUUCCUAGCGCCAGAGGAAGUAUAGUCAUCAGAAACUGGAAGCCACUGCCCCUGGAGAAGGUCGCCGAUGGUCCAUUGCUGACAGUCGGUGAUAUACUGGCCGAAUUAACUACGGUGGCCACCCUGAAGAUUCAGGUCUACAGAUCCAGACCGCCACCACCGAGUCCUGCGGCCGAGGUCAAGGACAAACUCCUGAGACUCCUUCUGCUGCACAGUCACGCGCUCCUGGUUUCCGCCGGAUGUCCUCUCGAUGAGAUGACUCUGUCGUCGCUGUGCAGAGGUGGCAACGAUCUCUCGGAGGAGACAAGAAGGAACUUUGAGUCCUGGCUGCAGCAGCACCAGAUAGGACUGGGUUUAAAUCCUAUUAUUCCGUCGGUCAAUCACCACACCCAGAGUCCGCAACCGGAUGGGGCAGGACCAAUAGGACCUGGUGGGCCCAUAGGACCACCUCAUCCAGCGCUUCUACCCUACUCCCAUAAAACGCGCAUGAGAACCAGCUUCGAUCCGGAACUCGAGUUGCCGCGACUUCAGAGAUGGUUCAGCGAGAAUCAGCAUCCGUCGCGGCAGCAGAUUCAGCACUACGUGUCGGAAUUGAAUUCUCUUGAGUCCCGAAGGGGCAGAAAGCCCCUGGACGUGAAUAACGUGGUGUACUGGUUCAAGAAUGCCAGGGCCGCGCAGAAGAGAGCCGAGACCAGAGGGAUCAAUGGGUACAGUCCCCCAGGACUCAGUCCUAGGGGAGCUAGCAUAGUUAGCGAGGAUUGUACGGACGAGGAGGAGGAUUCCAGACAUCAGUCAACGUCCCCGUCGCCCUGCCCACCCGGAAGUCCACCAGUUGGCCCUUUGUCUCUGACUACUAGACCGGAGGACCAGCAACCGCCAUUGACGACGCCCUCCUCCGUAAAACAGGAAGACGGCCGCGUCUCUUCCGGUUCCGACGAUGACGAGACGACCCCGACUGGUCCACUGCCUCCAGGAUUCUCCUUGGUGCCGAGUCCCAUGUUCGGACACAGUAUUAUGUACAUGUCCCAUUAUCUGCCACCUCGAGGUCCCACAGGAUGUCCCACCAGCAUGCUUGACGAAAGGAGGAAGAGGAACAGGACCUUCAUUGAUCCCGUGACGGAAGUACCCAGGCUGGAGACCUGGUUCACUCAUAAUACUCAUCCCAGCCACGCGCUGAUUCUGAAAUACACGGAGGAAUUAAACAGGAUGCCCUAUCGUCAGAAGUUCCCGCGGCUCGAGCCAAAGAAUGUGCAAUUUUGGUUCAAGAAUCGUCGCGCCAAAUGCAAGCGUCUGAAGAUGGCGCUCUUCGAGGGCGAAUCGCCCCAGCCUCAUCCAUAUCACGCUGAUUAGAUAUUCCCACGAUGUCCUCGUGUAAUAUAAUAUACAUACAACGUAAUAGAGUACAUUUAGAAUGAACGGAUGGAAGAACGAUGCCAAGAGAGAAAGAAGAGAAAAGAUAAAGAGCGACAAUGUGGUGUCGCUGUUUCGUAAAAAUCCUUUCUUAAUCGA